ACACUACUCCUCAGUCAGCUGUUGUGACUUAUGCCAGCUCUUCCCUGGGUCACCCCUCAUCCCGCCUCACUCCUCUCAAUCGCUGCUAUCCUUCCUCUCUAUCUCUCUCAGUAGAGAAAUGUAGCAAAGAGUCGCGUAAUAAGUGGGCUCAGUGACUAGACCUCUCGAGUAGCAGGGACAGGUGGUCUUAUUGAGUGUUUGAAAUGUCGUGCCUCUUGGAUCAAAUAGCGGCUAUCAGUAACACCCCUGAACUUGUUCAGUGGCUAUGUCCACACCUGACGAGCGGAAGUCAAGUCUCGCUCCAGGGAGGUCCAAACGUGACAAAUAAUCCAGAUACAGAAUGGAAUGAUGAGUGGGGUGGAUUUGAUGAUUUUGAGAAAGAUGGAGGAUCUCUGUCUACUGGAGGUAAUGGAGAUUCAUACCCAAAAUCGUCCUCAUCCCCACAGCCAGAAACCUCAUGGCUGUCAGAGUGUGUUAUUGCAGCUUCUCCAACUUUUGAUAUCAUGGUCAUUGCUUACAAGAAUCGUUUGGCAAUAUUAUCUUGUCGUUGGGGAAGUUCUGCUGAAGAAGAGGAGAAAAUGAAGUUAUUAAUUACAUGGCGUGGGACAGUUGGAUGUGGCGGGAAUGAUGAAAUCAGUGCACUGCUUUGUUUGCCACUGAUCUCCCAAAAGCAGAGCAGCACUGGGGGGCCAGACUGGACGUGUAUUAUCGCUGGCUUUACUUCAGGAUAUGUAACUAUGUAUACUGAGAAUGGUUUGGUCUUGUUGUCUCAACUUUUUGAGGAAGAAACUGUGCUGAGCCUAAAGUGCCGCACUCUAUCAACCGGAUGCACAGGUGCGUUAGUAAAUGAUAUGAAUGAGGAGCUGAUUAUUCUCUACCCCCACUCCAUCACCACCAUUGAUGGGUUCUCUCUCUUUCAAACCCUACGAGGCUGUAGAAAUCAAGUUGCCAAAGGUAGUAAAUCGGGCAUGGAAAGUGUUCCAACAUAGAGAUUUGCAGAAUCGAGGUUAAACUCCAAGAGUAUGGUGAAGGACUGCGCUGCGCCGGGCAUGUCUCCACCUUACCUCUAUGACCACUUGGUUCAGAUUUCUCUGGCAAAGGGAUUCAGCCAUGCUUCUGCAUCAGGUGUACCGGCUACUUCUCUCCUCAUUACGGUGGGUCGCGUACCUUACAUUGGUUUUUUGACUGCUCAGGAAGGCUCGGCACCUCCUUUUGUAGCAGAUGUGGCUCGCCUGUAUGCGAGUAAACUGAAGGAUGCAUUGGUCUCUGCAGCCAGCGGGUGGAUAUUUGGAAGAGGCAAAAGCAAAGUAGAAGAUGCAUCCAAGAUGAAGCCAAAGAUUGAACCUGCAACUCCACUGCCCUACAGAUGGUCUGUACCAGAUAAGAAGAGAGUUGGUGUGACUGUGAGCAUGUCUCCAGGAAGGAGACUAGCAGUCGUCACUGAUGAUCUUGGACGUGUGACCCUAAUAGAUGUUCACAGAGGAGUUGCUCUACGCAUGUGGAAAGGUUAUCGUGAUGCUAACUGCGGAUGGCAUGAGGUUGAGGGCAGCUGGGGUGGGACUAAACGCUGUGUGGUCUUCCUACUCAUCUAUACUCCUCGGAGAGGUUUAUUGGAGGUUUGGACACCCCAACAAGGGCCAAGAGUGGCAGCUUUUAAUGUCCCUAAGCAAUCAAGGUUAUUGUACACUCCUCAUACCCUGCUGGGGGUGAACAGUGUACGGGGCGUUUUCUGUAAAGUGUUUCCCGUGGUCUUCAUCACUCCAGAUGGUUUGAUAAGUGAAGUUACCAUACCUUUCCACUUGGCGUUAGGUGGGAAGACCAGCAAACGUGCUCGAGAUCUUCACCUUAUAAAGACCCUCAAGACUCAUCUACGGAAUGGUAAUGAAGAUGAAGUCCUAGCCACCAUGGCGGAGAUCAAAACGGCAGGAGUGCGCAAGCAGGCUGUAACAACACUCGUCAUGUCUCAGCACCUCACUGUUCCUUUGUUACAAGGGUUGCUUGACCAUUUUAUUCCUAUAUAUGCUGUUGAAGAAACCGAAAAUGAAGAGCUUCAAAAUCGGGAUCAUGAGAGUUUGUUGCUUAGCCAGCAGUUGCGACACCUCAAGCAACUGCUGCACUUGUAUACAGUCCUGCUGCAGCUGCAUGCACUCCGGGAAGCUUCACCAGACCCUGAUGACCAAGAUUUAAUAAUGGAAUUAGCUCGACUCCUUGUCCUGACACCAAGUGAAACUGAGAAGGUUCUAGCAGCUUGUGAACACAAUGGCUACUCAAAGCAUUUUAGUACGAGAAAGGUAACGUUCUCAGAUUCUGCACAAAAUCUAACCGUAGGUUCUUUUAUUCGCUGUUGGGACGUGUCUGUGGGUACACUAGUGAAGACGAACAGUGACUCGGUGCUUCCUGUUGAGUUAAAAGAAGACAUACCAUCGGAUAAGAAACUAAGACUUGGUGAAUUUCUGUAUGGAUGGUCAUGGCAUAGAGAGAGUGUCAAUUUGUUCAGCAGAGCUAUCGAGGCCAGCGGAGCUAACCCCGAGUCCCUGCUGCACGUGGGCCUGAUUCACUGGUCCCUCAGUCCUCGCCCAGACACAGUAGCUGUACUCCAUUUUGGGACCAUUGUACAUGCACUCUCAUCAUUAGCAGAGGAUAAAGUUCUCUGUGAUAUCACUGAACAGAGUCAGUGGUGGAAUGCAGUGAGGGACAAGCUGGUGGCCUCAACACAACCCUAUCAUGCAUUCAUAGCUGCAUUACUCUGUCGGGGCACUCACGCUCGCAUCGAAACUCACUUGCAGCUUAGGGCAGAGAAAAAUCUGAAGAAGAAUAGAAACACCGAAGAUGACGUGCAGAACCAGACUGCUGUCACCUCUUAUCCUUCCUUGAAUGAUUGGGAAGGCUUGUCUAUGGAGAUGGUGGAGUGGAAUUUGGUUCUGUGGCAGCUGGAGUGCCUGACGCCUCUGAGCCAACUACUUUCACUUUUACCUCCUAAUGGAUCUGAAAGAAGACCAAAACUUGAAGUCUCGGUGAAGGCUCUGCUUGACAAGGGUAAAGGAUAUGUUGCAGAGCUUGUCGCUAAUUGGUUUAUUGGGUCUGGUUUGCCCUUAUCUGCCAUUGAGAAGGUCCUCGAACAACAAGAUGAGCAUAGAAAGAUCAAGGAAAUGGAGGCUAUUGAGAUAGACAAUGACACUGAAGUUUUGACUGAAGAUAAAUUGAAAUCUCCCGUAGAUUCUAAAAAAAUUGUAGAAGAACUUGGUGCAGAAAAUUCUGGAUAUGAGGAAGUUGAGAAAUUGUUGAAGAGAGUUGGUGAUAAGUUUCCACACUCUGUGGCAGGAGAUUCCAUAUUUACAAACAUGGCGUGGGAAUUUGCAGCAGCCUGGCACAAGACUCCAGAUGAUACCAGUAUGCUCUCUAAAGCUUUGACACACUCGGCAAGAAUAAAGAAUUCUCACAUUAGACAUGGAGUGUCUUUAAUGAUUUGGGAGAUAUGGGUGAGCCAGUGUGUUCAAGCUGCAUCUAGUCUAAUGGAGAAGGUGGGGCGUCUACCCAAGGACAGACUCUGCCGACGUGACUUGGGACUUGGGGACCACAGCUUGGCACCAAUGUUCCAAAUUGCCUUGGGAAUACUUGAACAAAUCAUGGAAGCAAACGUAGUAUGCGAGGUGGAAAAGCCACUGGUAUUGUCAGCUGACAGGUUUUGGAGUGGGCAAGAGGGUUCACCAGCAUUGGUGGAGCUGACAAUAAUGCAGAAGAUGACGUGUUAUGAUCUAGUGUACCACCAUUACCAGUUGGUGUCUGUUCUUUAUCUCAUAUCUCAGCAUAACCUGAAAAGUGUAAGGCCUCUCUCCUGUUUCGAUGGCAUGGGUCGUAGUGUGUUAUUUAAUUCCUUGACAACUAGUUGGACUGUUGGAGGUUACACUGAUCCCACUGUGGACAAGGCACGUUUGGCUCUCCUGUGUCGAGUGAUUACGGCUGCUGUGUCUUCUCUCCCAGACACUGCAGGUUCUGGCCAGGCCAUUUCACCAAGCAUCAGUCAAGCAGUAGAUCUGGGAAGGGCAUGGGGAAUCUCCCUUGAUAUCUUACAUCGUCACCAUGUCUGUGAGCUGUAUACGUCGGGCUUUGAUAGCAUGGCUGAGGAAGUGUUGCCAAUGGUAACUGAUGGGUCAUUGUUAGGCUCCCAGUUGGUGUUGCUUGCAGGACAACGGCUGCACUAUCACCUUGUCAACACCCCUCGUACUGCGCACCACCUGGCAUUGACGUCGCCUACAAUAACUGAAUGGGUCAAAUCUUGUGAUAUUGCAAGUCUCCGGUGUCCAAGCGUGCCGCUGGAACAAACGCUGACCCUUCUGACACGUGCUCUCAACCUUCUCCCUGAAUCUACACAAGAAUACAAGAUGGCUACUGCACUAUAUGGAACCUUAACAGCGUUUAUUCAAGAUGCUUCCACGUAGUCUUCAGAUUAUUUGCAUAUCCUUAAAUAAGAAACUGUGAUAUUAUGGAGUGAGCAAGUCAGCAAGGGAGAGCAGUUUAGUGAGCACAUUGCCAGGAUGCCAAGGAAGCCAAGAAAAUUAAGUUGAAGGGUAAUAUUAUAUAAAAAUUCCAUUUUUAAUUAUGCGGUAGAAUUACCAUUAAUGAAGGAUAUUGCUGUAAUGUGUUUAUUCUUAGUAGAAUAGAAUUUUUAUUUUCUUUGCAAAUUUCUUGCUUUUUGCUGCCUUAGGGAUAGAUUCUUUUUAUAAAUAUUACGAUAAUUAUGAUUGUGAAUCUUUAAUGAAGACGUGCCAGUAAUAUUUUAAUACCAAAUUCUUUAAAAAAUUCAAUGGCAGAUAUGCAUUUUGAGUGAAAUAAAUCUGAUAAGCAAGCUCUAUGAAAUUUGAUGCAUAAUUCUAUGGCAUCUGAUGCUCAUCUUUAAGGAAUCUGAUGCAUAACUCCAUAGCAAAUACUUUAUUCAUUGCUAGCAGCACCAUUAAUAAGAUUUAUUGAAUUGCAGAAACCAGGAAUUAACAAGUCAUGCCAUGGCCUUCUGUGAAGGGUUGAUAGACUUUAAGCGUUGAUAGACUUUAGACUUUAAGAAUGGAGAGCGUGCAGAGAUCCUUUACUGCUAGAAUCCACUCAGUAAAACAUCUAACCUAUUGGGACCGACUAAAGAGCCUAAAACUGUACUCCCUUGAGCGCAGGCGGGAGAGGUACAUAAUAAUUUA